UGGGAAUCAAAAUCGCACGUAAAUAUGAAAAAUAUUCCACUUUUAUAACAUUACAGUACCAUUCCUACCACUAUACUACGAAUACCAGUAACCACUAUACCAACAAUCCUCUAUAUUUUCCCUAUAAACAGCACCAAAUAAACCACACGCUCUUAACAACACCAACCAAAAUAUCCCCACAACCCUCCCCCUUAAAAAUAACAACCCAAAACCCACCAAAUAAAAGCAGAAACGAGGAUAAAACGAAAUAAAAAAAAAUCCGCCACCUCCAACUCAGGGUCAUGAGAGGCACAUGGCGUUCGCUCAACACUGGUGUGUAUUGAAGGGGAAACUACAAUUCCAUUCUCCCAUUUUUUAUCACUGCCACCACUAUUUAUCAGUGUCUACGAGGCCGCGAGUGAAUGGAGGGUGUAAUUAUGAGGCCAAGAAGAGGAGGCAUAAUUAAUGAAGGUUGUACAGGUGCGAAAUAGCUGAACUGAAGUGAGAAGAAUAUGAAAAGAUAAUUGGUAGUGCCAAAAAAUCUACAGAAUAUUUGUGCUUGUAAAGUGGACAGUGUUUCUCAGAUGGUUUCAUAGUACAAAAUAUUGUGUGACUCAACAAAAUCAUGAUACUGAUAUCUAACCAUAGAUAAUAUAAUCUUUGGUAGUGUUGAUUUUUCAUCAUCUCUGUAUUCGUAUGAAUUCCAAAAUGGCGUCUUGGUUGCUCGCUGCCAACAUGGAAUCUGCCAAACCACAGGUGAUGCCCCCUCCUUCAGCAUUUGCUUUUCCAUACGGCCAGUCUGAAGACCCUGAGUUUGAGGGAUUGGAGAGUCCUGCAGCCGGCGGGAUGAGUGGCUUUGGGCUUGGCUCAGAUGGAAUGGGGACAGCUUCGGGCGGAAACACGGUUUACACCUUCGGCCCAACACAGCAAAAUAGAAAAAGUAAAAAUAUUGAGAAGAAGAAAGGAAAUCUGCACACACGUAGGAAACAGAUUAAUAAAAUCUUGAAGACUAUGCAAGAUCAACAGAAAAGGAAGACAUUGUUGCAGGAGAGACAGACCAUUGUAAGAGAACUAAAAAGACUGACUGAACUAGAAUCUACAGUUCCUCAGGUACCACCACAUAGCCCACCUGUUGACAGUGCUUCUGCCUGUAGUGACCAUUCCCACAAAGAAAACAAGGUGAAAGGCAGUGAUACUUUUAACACACAACAAGUGACUGAUACAUCUGAUGCACAGUCAACUGCAGAAAGUACAAGUCCAUGUAAAGCGAAGAGUAAAAGAUUUCUCAGAAAGCGUAGGAGAGAAGUGUAUGAACUCCUUAACAACAGCCUGCUGACAAAGAAAAGAAAAACUGAGCUAGAACAGGAGCUCGCUGAUAUUAAUGAUGUAUUAAAGAAACCUAGAAAAACAGUGUUUGAUGAAUUUGAUUUCCAUUAUGCUGAGCAAUUAUUUGGCAAUGAUGAAGAAGAGCAGAGCCAUGAUGUUGACCAGUAUAUACCAAAUCCAGAAGAAAUUGUUGAGCCAUUGCACAAUAAUAAUAUUUUUGAAUUGAAAAGGACCAGUAAACAGACAGCCAAGUGGAAUAAAAGCCCAAAUGUCUUUCCACAACUAGGAGAGCAAGAAGCCAAUAGAGCACACUUGGGAGAGGCUUAUAAGGAGUCAUUCAGAGAUUAUUUUAAUGGCAAUCCUGCAUAUGCACAUCACUUUGACAAAUCCUUAGGUGAAGAGCUGCCACAUGGAAGCCACGAAGAGCAUUUUGAGCCUAGAAUUAACCCAGUUUCUCACUUCAUUAAUGAGGCUUUGGCAGAUGAUUGUAGGAGGCACCUAGAAAGAAUAGGGGUUGUGAUAAGUGAUGCAAAUGGUCAGAUAUCAGUGAUGGCAAGACAAAACCAGAGGGAAAGGUCACCAGAUCUCCCUUUUAGAGAAGGAUUACCAGGUGUUUCUUAUAGAGAGGGAUCACCAGGUUAUCCCAACAGAGAAAGGACUCCAGGCCUUUCCUACAGGGAAGAGUCACCAACCCCCUCUUAUAGAGAAGGAUCACCAGACUACCCUUACAGAGAAAGGUCCCCUGGUCAUUCUUAUAGAGGGAGGUCACCUUGUUCUUAUAAAGAAGGAUCACCAAGUCCUUCCUACCGAGAACGGUUACCACCCUCCUCGUAUAGAGAGAGGUCGCCAUACCAAGCAGAUAGGGAAGCGUCACCAGGCCCUUCGUAUGAGGAAAGAGAAAUGUCUCCAUACCCAGCGUACAGAGAAAGGUUCCCAAACCAUUCAUACAGGAACAGGUCAGAUAGAGGUUCACAUUCACAAGAUGGUUCCGUGGAGCCUGUACCCCCGUCAAGGUUCCAUAGAUUUUCUGGGCAUGCGGCAGAUGCUCAUGAGGAUUUCCAGGAUGAUUACUCACCAAGAAUGAAUGAUCCUUCUCCCAUUCACAACCAUGGAGGACCUGACCGGUAUAUGUCAGAGGAUCAAAGGAAGGAAGAAGAGCAACGUGAAGAAGAUUUACGCAUACACUUGCUGCGUCUCCGAGAACAGAAAGUGGAGAGGAGGUUGAAGGUCCUUGAGCAAGAAACCAAAGAGACGGAAAGCAGGCUACGGAGGCUGCAAGAACGGAGACUUUCAGAAGAGUUGGAUGACUUCUUGAGGGAGCAAAGCAAGUAUUGGAGAAAAGAAGACAUGGAAAUGGAAAGAACCAAUUUUUCACCACAACGCAGUAGUGAACGCACCAGACAUGGUCGUAGAAAUCAUCAGAUAUACUUUUAAGCCAUAAGGAAUCAUUGUGUGUAUCAGAGGUAAGUCUUCAGAAUUAUUACACAGCUAAAGCAAAAAAGUGAUACUGUAAAAUUGAAAUUCUGUUGUUGUUUUUUUUGCUGUAGGUUUGUGUAUUUUUCUGUUACUUUUUAAAUUCCAAGAAAAGUUAUCAAUUUAAAGUACAAUAUAGUUGUUCCAAAAAAAGACAUGAUGUUAAGAAAUGUUAAAGGGACCAUCCCAUGUUGAGAGGGAAAUUCAGGUGAAUGAGCAUUGAAUUAUAAAAUGGGUUUGAAUACCAUCUAAGGAAUCAUCCACAAUGAGAUAAUUUGCUUCAAAAUAAGAUUCAUUUUCACAAUUGAGCUUGUUAGCUUAGAAAAAUUAAAUAGAUUUAUCAAGAAAAAAAUCUAGUUGAAUGUGCUCUUUGCCACUUCAGAUUUUAGUUGUAUAAAUGGAGAGGCAAUCGAAAUCCGUGGUUUGAACGGUAUUGGUUCUGAAAUAUGACUUCCAGCUAACUGGGUAAACUUUUAUUUGUUAUUUUUCUAAUAUGUUUUUGGUCAUUUUGUAAGCUUAUUUUUGCUCAUUUUAUCACAGAACAAUAAUAAGCAUCUGUAAAUGAGGAUUUUUUUCUAUAAUUAAUUGAACUGUCAGUAUUGACACAAAUGAUGUCAAAAAUAUAUAAGAAAAUUUGCAAGGUUUAUUGAACUUCUCUCCUCAUGUGGGAUGGUCUUGAUAAAGAUUUUGAUAGGGUUAUAUUUAUUUAGUUUUUCUUUAGUUGCAAACCAGUUAGAGGCAUAGUUAUGAUAAUUUUUUGUUGCGUUUUGCUUUGAUUUUAUUUUUUAUUAUCCCCCCUUGCCCACUUAGUUGGGAAUAGCUAGAUUUCAGAUGGAGUUCAGAUGACUAAGUUUGCCAUUGGAAAGACAAAUUGAAUGUACAUUUAUUUAUUUUCUUUUUAUUUAUUUGUUUGUUUUAUUUUUAUUAUUAUUAUUAUUAUUUUCUUUUUUUGUAUGAUUUUAUUUUUAUGUUGGGAGGCUGAUUUUAAAGUUUCAGGUGAGAUAUUUUUUCAGGAAACACGACAAAUUAAAGAAUAAAAGACAUGGCCACAUCAAUAAUCAUUUAUACAAGGAUAUACAUUUUUUUUUUUUUUUUUUUAUCAGCAUGUAAAUAUUACAGAAAAAAGGUAUAUAUUAAAAAAGGGAAGAUUGAAAAAAAUAGGUGAGGAUAUUUCCUGCUUGGAAACCUCUUAACCCAUCACCGAGGGGUAAAAAUUUUGGCAAGUUUACGUAUGCACGGGCUUGUUGGCGCGCACCGGCAGUUUCCCUUGUUUGCGCCCGGCUCAAUCGGUAGUUUGCGAGCGACA